AUGACAAUAAUUCUCGGUGUGAACAGAGAAAUGACUCGCACACAACCCAACAAUGAAUCCUCUCAUAUGCCUAGCUUGGCAAGAGCUUUGGAGACUAUCGCAUCUGCUCUUCAACAACAGGGCGCUGCUUUAGUGCAACAGCAUGAAACUGCUCUACAACAAUUAGAAGCGGCUAGGCUAUGUUCUGAAGCCAAUCAAAGAGAACAUGUGGAAGCCUUUAGGCAACUAUCUACGAAUGACACGUCUGUAGAAGCUCAAAGGAUUCGGGAGUGGACCUUAGAAAACUUUCUACAACAUCGUCCACCUACUUUUAAUGGGAGAACAAGUCCGGAUGAGGCUGAUCUGUGGAUAAGAAAUAUGGAAAAGAUUUUUUAUGCGAAAAAUUGCUCAUCAGAAACUAGGUUGGCAUAUUCCGAGUAUCAACUGUUCGAAGAAGCAAUACACUGGUGGGACAACAUGAAGCUAAUAUUACAAGAAGGUAGUGAGAUUAUUACCUGGGAAGUUUUUAAGAAUAAGUUUUACGCUGAGUACUUUCCGGAUAGUGUAAGACAUGCAAAAGAGGUGGAAUUCUUGAAACUCGUGCAAGGUGACAAGUCGAUGGCUGAGUAUGCAGACAAGUUCAAACAGUUGGGACGUUUCUACACCCAACCAUCAAAUGAGGAAUGGAAGUGUAGAAAAUUUAAAAAUGGAUUGAGAGCAGACAUACAACUAGCUGUGAACCCUUUAGCUAUUAAAGAGUUUUCUGCUUUAGUGGAACAUGCCAAAGUUGCAGAAAGGUUAAGGAAUGAGAUGGAAGUUCAGCAGAAGUUACAAAGGGUGGGAGGACCAUCUGGGUCACGAGUUGGACAACAUGUAAGGAAUCGACCUUAUGACAGACCACAACCUCAUAGGAAUUCUCAUCAGCAACAACAUCAACAGGGAAUAAUCUGA